GUGCUACUACACCGUCGGUCAGUUGGGUAUUUGUGGUUGUUGUAUGAGGAACCGAUCAUUAAACAAAGAGGAUCUGCUUCCUGGAACAAGGAUGAACGUUUUCAUUGCAGCAACUUUUGGGUUGCUGCUGGCUGGCGCGGCUUACGCGGAUAUAGAGAACCAAUCGGUACCAGACAACGAAACGGAAUGGUUGUCUUUCUCGUUGACCGGUCGCAUAGUGAACGGGACAAAGGCAGCGUUAAGACAGUUCCCUUAUCAGGUCUCAUUGAGGCGUAGUUACAACUCCAGACAUUUCUGCGGCGGUUCUUUGAUCGACGAGUAUUACGUGUUGACGGCCGCGCAUUGUGUAUUCUUAAAUGGCGAACCCAUUCUGCCGUGGACGGUCAUGGUCGUUGCCGGCGAGAUCCAGCUCAAUCAGCAGACGCCGGCUGGACAGAGAAGGGGCGUGGAAGAGAUUUAUGUUCAUCCUCGGUUCAAUCAGAGCACUUUACAGAAUGAUGUUGCCCUUCUUUAUUUGAAAGUUCCGUUCAAAUUGACACCGAAUAUUACACCUGUUAUUAUGACAACUGAGCCACCAGUACCGAAUUCUAUCUGCCAGGUGUCUGGAUGGGGCUAUCCUUCGUAUGAUUAUCCCAUAGUGAGCAACGAUUUGAUGUAUGUGGACCUGCCAAUCGUAGAGCCCAGCGUUUGUAAAAAACUACUAGUGAAUGUAACUGAUCUACUACCCGGAAUGUUCUGUGCUGGUUACAUGGAGGGUCAAAGGGACGCUUGUCGGGGUGAUUCCGGUGGCGGUAUGAUCUGCAACGGGGUCUUAACUGGCGUGGUGUCCGGCGGAGAGGGUUGCGCGCUUCCGGCAUUGCCGGGCGUCUACUCGAGCGUGUUCUUCUUCGAAGAAUGGAUCCUCGAGAAUAUGAAAGCGCCAUCGUUCUUGAGGAAAGCGACAGCCACGCAACUCGUGCAAUCAGGGGCAGAACAGGUGAAUAACGAAUAAAACUUCGUAUCCCGGGCGUCUGCGUUCCUCGAGGCUCCGGAGCAAGCAGCUUCCACCCCUUCUCUCGGUAAACAAGCGCGAGGGAAAGAGAGGGACAGAAAGAGGGAGAUAUUCCAGGGGCCGGAAGUUGAUUGCGAAACUUUUCGUCGGACUCUCGCUCGCGCGCGACUCUGCGUAAAUAAUUCGGAACGGACACGGACUCCUGUCUAGAAUUCAAUAUCCGGCGUCAAUCUGCUCUCCAGACUGUUCCAAUGUUUUAUUAAUAAUAAUCAAAGAGAGCUGGGGAGGUCUUCAAGAGCUCUCUCAAACAUUAAUCGUUCUUCGCUACCUUCACCCCCCCAUGA